CGUCUGUAAACAAACCUGUUCAAUGCGUUAGUUUUAUUUUAUUUUAAAGUUCAUUUACAAUAUUUUAUGUAAUAACAAACAUGCUUUUAAUAUAUUAUUUAUAAACAACAUGUCAGAUAACAUGAGUGGCUCACCACCAGCAUAUCGCUGGCAGGUUGGUAAGACAAUAGACCAGUGUCUCCAGGGAAUAUUUAAAAAUGGCAUCUGGACAGAUGUGACCUUUAAGUGUUCCGAUGGUAGACAGGUAGAGGCCCAUAGGUUGGUGUUGGCUAUGCGCAGUCCAGUAUUUCAGGCUAUGUUCUUCGGGCUCUGCUCAGAAAAGAAAGAGGAGUUUGAAAUUGAGGAUGCUGAUUCUACUGUAUUUUCUGAAUUCCUAAGGUUCUUUUACUUAGAUGAUGCUGAAGUAACCCAGUCCAACUUUCAUCCAUUACUAAUUCUGGCUGACAAGUACGAAGUUCCUUUGCUCUUCCAGCACAUGACUAAGUUCAUAAAGUCAGUUGUGGAUGUUGACAAUGCCCUGGAGCUGCUGGAGCUUGUUAUUGCUUUUAAUGCAAAGCAGUGCAUGAAAACACUCCUGGAGUUCAUAGAUGUCAAUGCAGAGGUGCUAUUGAAUUCUGAGGCAUUUCUUAGGCUGAAUCAGAGAACUGUGUUGACCAUCAUUCAAGGACGAACCUUUAAUGCUCCAGUGACAAGUCUGUUUGAGGUCACCAUUAAGUGGGCCAAAAAACAGUGCACUGAGCAAGGUCUUAAAGAAACUGGUUGUAACAUCAGGAAGGUGCUUGGCUCACUGAUUUACUAUCUUGGAUUACCAACAAUGACACUGGAUGAGUUUAUUAAAUUAACAUACAAACAUGAGUACCUCACAUUUCAAGAAUAUGAAGAAAUUGUGGCCUACAUUGCCAACAACUCAUCGCCACUACAUGACUUCAUGGUAGAGCCACGUCUACCGCUCUAUGAGAUCCUAACUGUGCCCAUUCCUCAUAAAUUUAUGUAUGCGGAUUAUGUCCUAAAAUCCACCAUUACCAGUGAAUUAUCUUUCUCCUUGAAAGCUGAUGUUAAAAUUGUUGGCUUUGAAACCCAUUUCGAUGAUUUUGAUUUUUUUGGUGAUGGUGAUGACAUAUUAGAGGUGGAUAAAAUCAGCUGUUUAUUUUUCCAGGGUACCGUUUCAGUGGGGGAAACAGUUGUUAGUCAGUUUGAGUCUGGUUUCUUAAACAAUGGUAUAGUGAAAGUGAAACUUAACGAUCCAGUGUUGCUGAAACAGUCGAGUUUGCCCCAACACGUGACAUUGUCAAUGGUAUCACGAACAGGCCCAGUUUAUGUACGGUAUUUUUCUAAUGAGGCAAUCUUCAGCAGUUCCUUGGCAAUCAAAAAAGUUUGCUAUUGUGAAGUUCACGAUGGAAAGAAUGAUUUUUCAUUCGACAAAAUAAUUUUUGAAAAUGUGUCUGGACGAAGUUGAACAUUGGUGAGUAGGUGAUACAUAGAUGAAUGUCUUAAUAUGUCAGCCUCCAAUGUAAUUUGGUACAAAGUUAAGUGUCAAUUUGUUUUUUUUUCUUACCAAUUGCUAAAUAAGAUAAUGGGGGGGGGUAAUAUUUAUUAGUCACUGUUGCAUUAAAUAAUAACAAAUUCUGUGAAAUCACAAUUUACAACAGUACCAAUUAUGUUUCUUAAUAAAUGAUAACCUUUAAUAUGUACCUUUGAUGUAUGUUUAACUAGUACUGUUGACAGUCACAGUACAUUAAGGAUUGAACAGCUUUAUAGAAAUGUUUGAACUGCAAGUCUGGAAGUAUAUCAAAUUCAAUUGAUUGACAGAAACGUAAUUAUAUGUAAACGUAUAUAUAUAUAU